CCACUAGUUAUCGAGAGCCACGAUAAUUUCUUCGCCGCGUUUGCUGCUCGCUGAAGAAAAAUAAAAUUAACCAGGAGCGCAAAAAAACGCGAAUCGCGUAUUGUCUGCGCAGAUAGCCAGAUUAACGGGAUCGAAACGGCCCGACUUCCACACCAGAGAGCUACUAAAGAGGCCCAGGAAUUGUUCUUACUGACAUCUAUAAAAUCCCGCAGAGGAGCAACGUUUCCAAUAAGCAAGCAUACAUAAAUGGUUUCUACUUUCAUUGGAUUAUUAGACAUUCAAUCAUGGUGGGAGAUACCGUGUAUUUCGCAUUUCUGUUCAUUGUUUAGUUCUGCCUUUGAUCUGCCCGACAUCGACAUCGAGGACCUCGAAUCGGCGCUGCUCUCCGAUGGUACCAGCGAUGAGGAUCAGGUCGCCCUAGUGCCCGAGUUAAUUGUGCGCCUGCUCAAGGGCUGCGAUGCGCUACAGACGGUAGCCAAGGAAAUCACACACAGCAACUAUCAGAUGUUCUUGCGUCGCUUCCUGCGCCAACAGUGUCGCCUGCACCAGACCGAGAACCACUUCGACACGGACAUUGACUUCCAGUCGCUGCCCGUGCGCAAGCGCCUGCACAUUCUGCACGAUCUGUGCCACUUUCGCCUGGACUCCGUCGAUGUGCAGGUCAUCCUCAGCAAUCUAGAGGCGGAUAGUCUGCGCGUGGAGCCUCUGGGCUACGACGCCAAGAAUUCCGGCUACUGGUACUUCUACGGCACGCGACUAUAUCGGGAGGACAAAGCCACCGGUGGAUCGGCCUCCUCCAGUUCGGGUUCGGGAUCAGGUGGCGCUGGAGCCUCAACUGGCGGAGCAUCCAACAGCAAGGGCAUCGGCAGCAACGGUACAGUUUGGCAAGUCAUCUGCUUCACCGAAGAGGACUGGCAAAACUUGGCCGCCAAGUUUAAGACCUCGACGAACGCCAAGGAGCGCGAACUCUUUAACAUACUCGAUGACAACUUUCUGCCCAAGCUGCCGCAGCUUUUCCGCGAACGUGAGCGUUUGAGGCGUAGGAAACUUUUGCAAGUGCGCAACUCCAGCCGCAUUCGCAACAUCGCGGAGUUGAAGGCACGCCAGGAGGAGGAGCGCCAGCGUCGUGAGCGGGAGAAUCUCUACCAGGAUCGGCAAAACGCACACUGGUUGGCACCGCCGCAGCAGCAGCAACAACAGCAGCAACAGCAGCAGCAACAACAGCAGCAAUCGCAGCAGCGCACACGCAGACGAUCCCAGUCUACGUCGACAGCUAGUGGUAUUUCAACCUACGCAAGCUCCCUGAGACGAACAACCACAACUAAUUCGAGCGAAUUUCUGUGCCACAGGGAAACCUUCUGCCUCUCGCCAGAAAACGACGAAGACGACGACGACGACGACGAGGCCCUCGACGCGGAGCAGCAGUCCGAUCAGCCAGAGCAGCAGCGGCAACAAGAAGAGCAGCCGCCAGAAGAGGAGCAGCGGCAGGAACCAGAGGAAUUAUUAGCAGUCUCAGCAACUGACGACGAUUUUCGCUCUCCAGAAGCGCCGAAAUCGCAAACGCCUGCGGAAUUGAAGAGCAAGAGUAGUCACCACCACCAUCAUCAUCACCACAAGAAGAAAAAGUCGAGCAAGAAGCAGAAGAAGCGACAUCAUCGUGAUAAAGGUCGUGAGCGGGACCGCGAGCAUCAUCAUCAUCAUCGGCGGCGACACAAGCAUGCUUCAGAGGCGGACGAAGGCGAGGACGACAACAAUAACCACAACAGCAACAGCAAUAGCAACAGCAACACCAAUAGCAUCAGCAGCAACAAUAGUGUCCAGCCAAAGCGAAGACGUAGUGGUCAGCAGCAGCAGCAUCAUCAGCAGGCAGAGACUACCGAGCCCAGCACUUCUCUAAGUCCCGAGGACAAGGAGAACUUUUGCAGGCAGCUGCAACUUCUGGACACCAAUUCGGCGGCCAUUGCAGUAGCCACAAGUAUUGCCGAUCUCAGUCUGCCCUCGCCGGUGGCACAUGAGAGCGAAACCGAACAGGACGAGCAGGUUGAUCAGCCGGCAGUAGUGGAAGCACAGCCACCAGCAUUAACUUCUGCAAUGGCGCCAGCGGCCAAUGUCAAGUUGCCUGGCAGGCAGACGAACAAUUCGCUCAGUUCGCUGACUGGAAACAUUUUCAUACCGUCGGGAAGCGCCCAACAGCAGCAGCAGCAAUCCCAGGAGCCGCCGAGCAGCAGUAGCAGCAGCCAGAGUGGCACCACCACGACUGCCAGCACUGUGCGUUCCAAGAAGCAGAAGGCCGUGCUCAACAGCAGCGGGAGCAGCAGCACAAGCAAAAUGGCUGACAAGGCGGAUCGCAACUUGAGCAAGACGGAGACGACGGGCAAGUCCAAGAAGUCGGCCGCGGGCUCAUCGGCGUCAUCGUCCUCCAGCAAGGCGGAGCGCAUCAGCGGUGCCUACUCGGACAAGAGUGGCGAUGACCAUGUAAAUAGUAGCAACCGUAGCACCACCAACAACAACAGCAGCCUUAACAACAACAACAACCAUAAGCACGCGCCGCACCACAGUCACAACAACAACAACAACAGCCAUUCAACGACGACAUCGGCUACAACAACAGCAACAACGACAACGUCGCAGGGAUAUCAUUAUAAUUCCAAUCUUAAUCAUAAUCAGAACCACCAAAACUCCCACUCACACCACACACACCACCACCACCAUCAUCACCACCAUACAACGAAUAAUCACAGUAACAAACAUAAAACCAAAUCGCACCACUCCCUUGCCCACAACAACAACAACAACAAUAGUCCCACAACAAACCCAACAAGCACAUCACUACUCCACCCAGUAACAACAAACAACAAUUCAACGUACAACUCCUCCAAUCAUGCGAAUAUUCUUAGCUUUACCGAAACGGAGGAGGUCCUGCAAAUCGGGAUGCACAAGGUGCUCGUCUACGUGAAGAACCAUCGCGAUGCCUGGCCAUUUGUGGAUCCCGUGGAGGAGGAUAUAGCGCCACGCUAUUACUCCAUCAUCAGGAGACCCAUGGACUUGCUGAAAAUGGAGGACAAACUGGACAGUGGGGAAUACCAUAAGUUCAGCGAAUUCCGUAACGACUUUCGCUUGAUUGUUAACAAUUGCAGAUUGUACAAUGGGCACAACAAUGAAUACACUGAGAUGGUUAACAAUCUGCAGGAUGCUUUCGAGAAGGCCACCAAAAAGUACUUCGAUAAUCUCUCCGAUGACGAAGAUGAUGAUCCCAAUCUGAGCUAUCCCGCCGCCGACUCCAAGAUGAACGUGUUCCGCGAGAAGUAUUUCAGUAAAAAGGCAAAGGAGGAGACGGAGAAGGAUGCGCCAGGUCGGCCGGCGGUGAGCAGCGCCGAGGAGGAUCUCAGCGAGAUCGAAGCGGAGGCACCUCAAAAAGCACAAAAACGCAAGCGUAAGGAGAAAGACAAAAGACGUAAAAAGAAAACCAAGAGUAAGGCGGAUGUGGAAACGGAUGAUGAAGAUAUGGAAGCCGAAAGGGAACCAACGCCACCACCUCCUCCGCCAACAAGCAAGAAGAGCAAAACGAGCAAGACAGGAAAGGAAAAGGAGAAAGAUAAGGAGAAGGAAAAAGACAAAGAUAAGGAAAAGGACAAGGAAACGUCUUCAUUCAAGCGAGGGCGAAAAACUAAGAGCGAUAAGUCCGCGUCCAAAUCCAGCAAAAAGACCAAAAAGGGGGCCAAGAAGUCUUCGGCCGAUUCGGAUCCUGAGUCCGAUCCGAGCGAUAGUCGCGAGAGCGAGGAUUACAGCGAUGAUGACCACAUUUCGUUGGCCAAAACUAAAUCCCUGGUUAAACCCACAGCUCGCACGAUAGCAGCCCAAAAGAAGAAAUCUGUUCCCGCUGAAUCCAAAGUUAAGAUGCCUACUCCAGUCAAGCGACAAGUGAAAGGCAAGGGCAAAGGUGGACGCAAGGCAAAGGACGACUCUCUGGAUAGCGACCAGUCCGAUGUGAAUGUUAAGAAGCAGCUGCCACCAACGGCAGCUGCCGCUCUUGCCGAAUCCGCCGCCGAGCUGGAAGAAGAUCCGGAUGAUCCGCCGCCUGAUGAAGACGAAGAUGAGGAUAGCUCGCGGUCGCGAAGCAUGUCACCCUUCAAGGUUGAUCUCCACAAGAAAUACUCAAAAAGUGCCCUUAACGAUGAUCUCUCCGAGCUGCUGACCACCGUAAAAAAGGUUCCCACCGCGGAAACCACAAAGCUGAGUGCUCGCCACCAGGAUGAAGCGGAUGAGGAGCGAUCUUCCCGAGAAUCUGACGGGGACUUUAAAUCCUUAAGCAACAGCAGGGGCAGCUCCGAAGAGCGACCGCCGGUGGCAAAGAAAGGAAAGAAGGCAGAAAGCUCGAAAAAGGAGAAAGAAAAGAAAGGCAGGGAUAAGGAUCGAGAUAGGGACAAGGAAAAAGACAAAGAUAAGUCUCGCAGCGCAAAGGAUAAGAAGAGUAAAGACGAAUCCCCCGUUCUAGUGGCCGCUGCUGAAGCAGCAGCAGUAGUGCAAGCCGAACUGGAUAUGCUGUUGCCUUUCAUGGACAAGUACGAUGUGAUCAAGUAUCGACGUAGUCGUGCCGCCUUCAGCGGUUCCAGUGCAUCCAACUCGUUGGCUCCCUCCGAAGAUUCCAAGUCAGCCAUCACGAAAAGCAAUAGGGAGAACAGAAAAGCUUCUGCGAAGCGAGAAAAGUCACCUGAUGCUGUGGAAAACAAGCGCGGGCGGAAGAGCAAAGACCAAAAGCGAUCAAAGGAGUCGGAUAAAGCGGAAAAAUCUGAUAAAGCUUCAAAGGCCGACACCGAGAAACACUCGGAAAAGUCGAAGAAAAAGGAGGAGCCACCAAAAGUAGUGGAAAAGGCCCAAAGAGAAAAAUCUCCGGCGCCGGUAUCAGCUUUAGAAACUAUUAAGGAACCUCCUGCUCCAACUCCAAUAGCCACAUCAGCGUCCGGCAAGGUGAAAGAAGGACCAGCUAAAAAGGAACCUAAGAAAAGACCCGACAAACAAAUGCCGCCUCCUCCGAAACCGGCCGAUAAAUCGAGUGAAAAGGGAUCGGGUAAGAAGAGUUCCAGCAAAAAGGCAGCCCAAAAAGCGGGACAACCGCAGACCAACAAUAACACAAAUCUCGAAGCAUUGGAUGUGGAAACAGAACAGACCCUCAAGGAUAUUAAUCGCUGGCUGGAACACACGCCCCGCUUCACGGAGUUCAGUUCGGCCAGCAAUUCACCAUCCCGAUACAAUCUUUUGGAUGAUUUCGACUCAGGAAUCGGUAGUAAACUAGAUGCGGCCGAUUUUCGGCGACCAGUGGCAUUGGCUGCACCAAAGGCGGAAUUGGUACCAACUAAAUUGGCUGAGGCCCUCAACGAACUGGUGAGCGAGCCAAAAGAGGCAGUUAGCAAAUCGGAAUCCGAGUCAGUGGCUCCAACGCCGAGCAGUGUGAGCAGCAGCUGUGGUACUCCUCCGCAUUCGAUGCACUCAGGGAAUUCCAUUGGAAGCACAUCCGCCACUGCUGCUUCCAGUUCAAAUUGCUCCAAUAACUCGAUGCCUACGCCCUUACCCGUGGCGGUAACUCCCACGCCAACGCCCGCGCCUCCGCCACUUCUUCCAAUUCCGAAGCCAAAAGAGCCCAGCACCACGCAACUGAUCCUCAAUCCACCACCGCCGCCACACAUUAAACAGCAGCUGGCGAAGGAGGCCAAACGGAAGUCCCUGAAAGAAAAGCAGGCGGCUCAAGCAGCACAGGCUCAGCAGGUGAAAGCCAAGGCAAAUGUUAUGAGAACCAUCGAUCGGCUUCAACCAGGCAAAGCGAAGGGUAAUCUUUUGCAGAAUGUAGUCGCUGUCAAAUCAACGGAGGAGGGCGGAGAUUCUCACGCAGGUGUUAAUCCAGUUACCACCAAAGUUAAGGAGCUGAAGAACGCUCUUAUCACGGAAACAUGCGAGGGAGCACCAAAACUGAGUUUGGGCACGGUUCUAAAGACUCAGGACUUUUCGUUGGGCAAAUCACUUGAGGAAAUGUCUGGAAAAAAGGACGCGAAUGAAGAUGACCGUCCAAACGAGGAAGCAAGCCCGAAGAAUUCUUCACCACCUACAACACCGAACACAGAGGCGCCAAAGCCAUUUGAGGCUCUUCACGAACUGAGUAAAAGGGGCAAAUCCUCAGAGCCAUCGAAAUCGGAGGCUAGUCAAAAGGAGAAGCCCAAUCUCAGCGCCUGGCUAAAAGCGUUCGGUGGCCCAAAGGUUAGCAAGAAGUCCGAAGACGAGGAAAAGCAGCAGACUCCUGUCCAAGAUCUUCAAGGUGAUUCCAAGGUUGCUCCGCCAGCUCACUCGCCGGCUGGGGAUAACUUCUCCUUACCCACAGUAAUGCGCCAAAGGAAACCAAGCACUGGCAGCACAAACUCAGAGCGAAGUUCCUUUAGCCAGGAUCCGGAUUCCCCAAGAAUUGCCAUCGAUGAGCGUUAUGGAUCUUAUGCGGCUGGUUCUUAUACCUCUCCGAUUGGAGCGUCGCCCAUUGGCGCAUCCCCCAUUAUGGUUUCUCCUAAGCCCAAUGACGAUAUGGGCAAACCAGCUUCGCCGUAUCCUCUAAAUGGUGCUAUCAAGGUGGGCUUCUACCAGGACACUACGACCAAAAGCAGUCCGGACAAGAGCUGCAGUCCCAGAGAGAUGAACUCUCCGUAUCCCCAGUACUCCCAGCAUAUUUACUCCUCCGCCUCGUCGCCUAAUGUGUCCACUCCGGAUAUGAGUGGAACGUCCCCUUAUGGAGGAGGAAACAGCUACAAUCCUUCGGGCUCGGAGGCUUCUAAGACUCCAGCGUAUUCUUCCACAUCCCCGCUUCCGAUCUAUGAUCAAUACAAGCAGCCGCGCUCCCAGGAAUCGGACUACAACUCUUCCAUGAGUCCGAGCACACCGAACCCACAUUCGCCUUAUCAACAGCCUCAAAGUUCUCCGUACACCACCCCGCAGCAGUCGCAAUCGACACACCCGUCGCCGUAUCAUAACCAGUCGCCGUACCACCAGCAGCAGCACUCACCAUAUCAUCCACCCGCGGCUCAGCAGCAACAGCAAUCCUCACAGCCUUCACAUAGUCCGGCAGCCCAUCAGCAGGCUCUCAGUCCUAUGCACAGUGUGGAAUCGCCUGCGUCCUCGGCGGCAACGCAACCGCCCACACCGUUGGCUCAGUCGCCGGCGGAACAGCAGCAUUCGCCGUAUCAGCAGCCCGUGCUGUCACCUUAUCAGCAGCCGCAACAACAGGUGCAGCCGCCGGUGGUACCGCCAGUUCAACCAUCCGCAGGUGCUCAGGCAUCAACAGCUCUGGGCAACAAUGGAUAUGCGCCCACGCACGAUAGCUACCAGCAGCUUCAGCAACAACAGCGAUCCUUGUAUAACCCAGCCACUUUGAUUAAUCCUCUGUCGACCGCUGCGUCCUCAACUGCUUCCAUAACCAAGCCUAACAAUGACUGGAGUCUAAAUCGCAGUUUGCUGCCGCCAAGUAUUACGAAUACUGUGAAUCAGGCAGCACAGCAGCAGCAACAACAGCAGCAGCAGCAAGCUGGGCAGUUGCAACAGCAGCCACAAAUGCAAGCUGCACAGCAGCAGUUACAGUCAACACCUCAGCAGCAACAGCAGCAACUACAGGGCACGCCUCAGCAGCAGCAGUUGCAAGGAUCACAGCAGCAGCAGCAGCAACAACAGCAGCAGCAACAGUUGCAGACAUCUCAGCAACAGCAGCAACAGGUGCUCGGCCAUCAGCAGCAACACAAACCGAAAUAUCCAACCUAUGCGCAGUAUCAGUCUACUAAUGCCGCAGCAAAUGCUGCUGCCGCAGCAGACGCCGUGGAUAAUUUGCAGCAACAGCAGCAGAAAAUUGCGCCACCAACUUAUGGUAGCGAUAUGGCCACAUUUAUGCAGCAUCAAAUGCAGCAGCCGCCCAAAACUGAUACAUUAAUAAAUCCUCUAAAGCGACCUGGAGAGGAAAUCGGUAUGGAUUACAGUGGAAAUGCGGCCAAUAAAAUGCAGAAAAGAGAAGAGACUCCGGCGCAGCAGCAACAACAGCAGCAGCAGCAGCAGCCAACACAAAACCAGACGCAAUCCCUGCUUAACAAGCAGCAGCAAAUGUUUAACAGUUUCCUGGGCACUAUGGCAUUCGGCAAACCUAUUGGCAACAUUGCACCGGACAAAGCAUUUGAGAUGUAUAACCGUGCAGCGGCCAUGGGUUUCCCCAAGGAUUUUGCAAAGGACAAUAGUUGUCAGCUGCAGCAGCAGCAACAGCAACAGCAGUCGCCCCAGGUGACAACAAACAAGCAACAGGCGAACCAACAAACGCAGCAACAACCGCAGCAGCAGUCCCAGCAAUCGCAGCCACAUCUCACUCAGCUUCAGACGGCACUCAGUCAAAACUACCAGCAACAGCAGCAGCAAACGCAGGCGCAAAAAUUGCCGCAGCAGCAACAACAGCAACCGCCGCAACAACUCAACUAUCAGCAACAGCAAGCACAACUUAACCAUAAUUAUACCGCCCAGCAACAGGCAACUGCAGUGCCGGACAAACCUCCUGCAGCUCAGUCGACAGUUGCUGCUGCGGUAAGCGAAUCGAGCAGCAACAUGAUGAACCUGCCCUCUACGGCGCACCAGCAUCAUCUCAGUCAGACGCAUCACUUGGCCGCCUACAACAAGCCAACGCCACCGCCUCCGCAAACCUACAGCAAUCCUUUGAUGCAAUCGAUGUUGGGCUAUGCUGGAAACUAUUUCGACAAGACCAUGCCGCCAGCAGCCCAUAUGUACAGCGCUUCGAGCUCAGCGGCUUCGGCUUAUGGUAAUCCGGCGCAGCAACUGCCGGGUAAUUAUGUUCCUGGCAACAACAAUCCCGCUCACCAGCAACAGCAGCAGCCACAACAACAACAACAGCAGCAGCAGCAAGCUCCUGCCGUUCCGCCAGCAGAAGUCAAAGCUCCAGCGAAAAGGGGACGGAAAAAGAAGGCAGCUACAAUUGCGGCUGAAGCUGCGGCUGCAGCUGCCAAGCAGCAGCAGCAACAACAACAGCAGCAGCAACAACAGGCGCAACAGCAGCAACAGGUGGCCGCUCAGCAGCAGCAUCAGCAGCAACAAGUCUCUGCCCAGCAGCAGCAACAGCAACAUCAACAGGUGGCCGCCCAACAACAGCAGCACCAAGCCAUGCCGCAGUACAAUAUGCCGCAAUCAAUGGCUUCCGCAGCCGCAGCCACCAAUAAUCAGCUGCAGGCACAUGCGCAGGCGCUGCAGCAAGGCUUCCAAUUGUAUGCGGGUCUGAAAUCAGGAGGUGUAUCCUCGCCCGUGGGCAGUUCAGCAGCAACGCCGGUAAACAGUGGUGGUUCCACCACCAAUCAGACAGCGGCCGAUGCGGCAGCCAUUUCCCUGAAAACAUCGACAGGUGGAAUGGUGCCCGGAAGUGCCUUCAACUUUGCGCCAACUCCAGGAACGCUGGGCUUGUACGGAGACCAGGCUGCAGCAGCUAGCAGCUAUUUGGAUCAAUUCAGAGAUGCACCCAAUCCCUACUACAUGCCUCCGGCGCCGGCACACAGUGGCACAGCUGCGAAUCCGUCUGGAAAUGCCGCCGACAAAGGACAAAACCCAUUGAACACGGCAGCCGGAUCGUAUCCCUUCCUGGCGGCGGCACAUCCAUCCUCGCGAGCAGCGGCUGCUGCAGCUGCUUAUCCGUUUGCCGAUCCCAACUCGCAGUUGUACCAGCAGUAUCUAAGGCGCGAUGACUUUCACACGCGGAUGAUCUUCAACCAGAGUCUACUGGGCGGACCAGCAGCGGCGGCGGCAGCAGCCGGAUAUGGUCAACCGCCGCCGCCUCCAUCCGCCUAUCAACGCGCUGCACUGGGCAUGCCCAAGCCGUAUGACAUUAACCGGCAGUCAUGGUUUUAGCAGUACGCCAGUGCCGCCAACGUGGAUCUCCAAGGAGACGACCUGACGGGGGCGGCAACUGGAACAGCAUCGGGACCAGCAGCAGCUUCAUCUUCGACAGCAGCUACACAGCGAUGAGAUUGAAAGAGUGGGCAGGCUUAGAACGGUUUCAAAUCCACAUGCAAAUUGUUUCCAAAAAGGUUAACGUUUCAUUUUUGAGCUUACAUAUGCAGAUAUUUAAGUAGGUGUUUAAUUUUUUUAAAUUGGCUUUUUAUAUUGUAUAUUUUUUAUUCAUGCUCAGAAGAAAAACAUACAAAUCGUUUAGUAAGGAAAAUUACGUGUUUAGCAAAAUGUUUAGCAUUCUUAUAUAUUUAUUCUCGUAAACGAAAAAGAAAACCAUUUUAAAAUUCUGUAAGAAGAAAAGUUUGCGUUGUGUGUAAUAGUAAAGUGAAAUAUUUGAGGCGUCAUUGUUCUGUACUGAUAUUUGAUAUUCAUUUGCGAGACUCGAAUUCCACUGCCCGCAUCCUCUGACUCAUUUAUGUAUCCUAUGACCAUAUUCAUUUGUGCAAUGUUUCCUUUUGACUGCAGUUGCGCCCUGGACUUUGGCCACGCCUAAAUGGCAAGUUUGUUGGUCUUUAGUUUGUAAACUUUCAGUAGUCUGUAGGUUUCAAGCCUUUGGUUAAUGACAAUUAAUUUUAAUAGCUUUAGCUAAUUAGGCCUCUAAUCUAAUUUAAUUGAACUUAAUUUGUUUUAAAUGCUUAACAAAAGAAACUAAGCAGAAAACGAAAGAGAAAUAAUGCAAAAAUUCAAAGAAUUACUCUCAAGCCCCCCCUGACUAUAAUUAGAUUUUAGUUUUUUCCAGAACCUAACUCGUAACUAUAGAACUCGUGUAAAUUAACUACGAUUAUUAGUUUUAUUACUAUUGAUUAUGUACUACGACUAUUAUAACUAUUAUCGAUUCGUGCUGCGGGCGAUUUGUUGAAAUAUUUAUUAAUUCAAGUAAACAAAGAGAUUCGCAACACAACUUAAGCUAGAUACAAAAUCUAUGUGGGGGAAACACUUUUAGUUUGUAGACCGCCAAGAAGAUGUAUAAAUUUUUGUUAAAUAUGCUAAGUAAGCGUGCGGUUUAAGCAGUAGGCCUCCCUUCAAUUCAAAUAAAACCAUUGUAAACCCACACACAGCUCACAUAUGUGCAACAUUCCGCCUCAGAUCCUCAUCCCCUCCCAACUUUCAUUAAGGAAAUCCAUUUGGUGUACAUACAAGAGGGAAAACAGACAAGUAAAAACUUUGCUCGUUUUUACGCAUCUCAAAUUGUAGCUUUAAAGUUUGAACCAUGUAAAAAUCGAUCGAGAUUUGACGAAAAGCAAAACAAUUGAAAUUUAUGAAAUAUGAAUGAAAAAGUGUCUUAGUCGCUGUUGAAGGCGAACGGAGCCGAUGAAUCGAGAAAGAAACGCAUUAACCGAGCGCCCAUAAUAUUAUUAAUGGCAAACAAAAUAUAUAUAUAUAUAUAAUAAAUAGUGAAAACAAUAAACACGAGAAACCGUAUUUAAUUAAGUUGUUAAAGCUUUCGUUUUGCAAACGUAAAUUUUAAUUAAUUUCACUACGAUAAAAUAGUUGAUAGAACACAAAUGAUAAAGAGAAGCGAUGCGAAAUUGCGAAGAGACGGUACCUAGAGCAUAAAAGAGCAGCAAC